AUGUACAUCCACUUCCUGGUGGCUCAGUCCAAAGUGAAGAAGGUCAAACAAAUGGUGGUAUUUAUAUUAUUAAACACAUUGUGUUAUCAACCUUUUUAUAUUUCCAGUCUGUCAGGAUGUCUGAUCACAGAGGAAGGCUGUGCUUCUCUGACCUCAGCUCUGAGCUCCAACUCUUCCCAUCUGAGAGAGCUGGACCUGAGCUACAAUCAUCCAGGAGACUCAGGAGAGAAGCUUUUGUCUGCUGGACUGGAGGAUCCACACUGGAAACUGGACAUUCUCUGGGUGGACCAUGGUGGAGAGCACAGGUUAAAAGAAGGUCUGAAGAAGUAUUUCUGUGAACUCACUCUGGACACAAACACAGUAAACGGAAAACUCAAACUGUCUGACAACAACAGAACGAUGACAUGUGUCGAGAAGGAGCGUCAGUCAUAUCCUGAUCAUCCAGAAAGAUUUGACCACUGGGCUCAGGUGCUGUGUAAUAAUGUUCUGACUGGUCGCUGUUACUGGGAGGUCGAGUGGAGCGGAGGAGCCACUAUAUCAGUGAGUUACAGUGGAAUCAACAGGAAAGCAAACAGUAGAGACUCUUGGUUUGGAUGGAACGAUCAGUCCUGGUGCCUGCACUGCUCUGAUGAUCAAGGUUACUGUGUCUGGUACAAUAAGACAAGAACAUACAGCCCCUCCUCCUCCUCCUCCUCCUCCUCUGUAUCUCACAGAGUAGCAGUGUAUGUGGACUGUCCUGCUGGCACUCUGUCCUUCUACAGAGUCUCCUCUGACACACUGAUCCACCUCCACACCUUCUACACCACAUUCACUGAACCUCUGUAUCCUGGGUUUGGGCUCUUGUUUGAUUCAUCAUUGUCUCUGUGUCCUCUGUCUGAGGGAGAGUUGACUUGUUUAUAGACAAACAGUCACACUGCUGACUGAAGACAGCUGCUGAAAUCACUGUUCACUAGAAACAGGAAGUGACAGCAGCUUCCUGUGUUUAAAUGUUGAUGGUGGACGAGGUUUCACUCUGGUUUCAUUUGGAUCACUGACUGUGCUUUAAUGUCAGAAUAUAGUUUCUAUUAGAAGUAGUGAAAUGAUCUCCUCUGGACUGAAUUGAUGUGUAAAAACUGUGUUGACUCUGAUAUUCACUUCAGUAAAGUUUUCUUGGAGCAGCAUCUAGCAGCUGUUAGUGGCUGUUAGUUAUUCCAUUUUAUCAGGAUCUUAAAGUGAAGUUUUUCCUGAAAAUGUCCACCAGACAUCCCAGUCUGUUUGACAUCAGCUCAGUUUGUGUUCAAUCAUUAACAUCAACGUAUGUUUCUAUGUGAUGUCAUGGCCAAAAAUAUCAGCACCCCUGAAAUUCUGUCAGAAAAUACCACACCUCUCCUAGCAAAUCACAAUUACAAAUGUUUUGGUAUUCACAUGUGUAUUUCUUUUGUUUGCAUUGGAACAACACAAAAAAACAAACCUAAUAAAAUUUCACACAGAACUCAAAAAAUGGACUGGACAAAAUUAUUGGCACCUAGUCAAAAUUGUAAGAAAUAAUUGCAUUUCAAGCAUGUGAUGCUCCUGUCAUUUAUAUUUAAACUCACCUGUGGCAAGUGAGAGGUGUGGGCAGUAUAGAAAUCUGAGAGUUGUCUGAUGAUUUGAGACCCACAAUUGUGGAAAAACAUGAACAAUGUGAAGGCUACAAGUCCAUCCCCAGAGAUCUGAAUGCUCCCGUGUCCCUAAUGCCCAGUGUCAGAAAGCAGCGUCUCUACCUGAGGUCAGAGGUCAUGGGUCUUCCAGCAGGACAACGACCCAAAACAGACAUCCACCAACACUCAGAAUUGUUUGAAGACAAAGCUCUGAAAUGGCCAACAAUGAGUCCAGAUGUGACACCCAGAGAACACCUGUGCAGAUAUCUCAAAACAGCAGCUGGGAGAAGACAUCCUUCAAAUCUGAAAUACCUGGAGCAGUUUGAAAAAGAAGAGUUGUCCAAAUUUCUAGAAGAGAGGUGUAAGAAACUCAUUGAUGGUUACAGGAAGCGUUUCUUCACGUUAAAAGGGAGUUUUUUUUCUUGCCAC